AUGCCUAAGCUGUAUGUUGAUCAGGAAGAAGGCCUGGACGUGGAGUCACUCGAGGAAGACGACGACAGGGUACACGCGCGCCGCGAAGAGCUCAUAAGGGCGUUUAACAAGUUGAAGGCAGCUGGAUGUACAGGGAGCGCGCUAUGCCCUUCGUGUCCGAAGUCGUACAAGACCGCAGCGAAGUGGCUGACUCACCCCGAGCAUCAUCAUCGAGAGGAGCUUUGGUUGAGGGAGGACGAGGAGGAUGAGGAGGAGAAUUCUGUACUGGUUUGUAUACGCCUGCCUCCGCAGUUCAAUCACGGUCAAAAGCAACUGGGUUGUUGUAGUCGUCAGAUGCAAAUUCUCACAAUCCUUUUGAUACUGUUCGAGGGCUAUGUCAGUCUUAACACCUUCUCGAUGAUACCUACUGGCUCAUGUAUUCCAUACUUAUCGCAGCAUCUUAUCCAUAAUUCAAGACUUCGUCUCGAUCGACAAUACAACACUGGCAAGGACCCCCGCCAUUACACAAUGCAGUAUUGCGGAGCAGAUCGAAGGAAGUAUCUACAUACUGGAGGUAACGAACCGCAUAGGAAGGUGUCUUUGUACCAGCGUCAGGAAGUUUACUCACAGCGCACCAAGAUUAAGCACGGGGACUCUGAUUAG